AAGACUGUUCCAUUCUUGCUCCCGUUUAAAUCUAAGGAAAUUUCGUACCGCAUCCGUGUAUUAGAUUGAUCUUUACAUUUUUAUUUUAGAAAACCGGCAUUAAGAACAUGCAAGUGUUCGCGCCGUUAAACUUUUUACAGAGUAUUCAAGUACAGAUCAUCGUACAUAAAAUUAUUAAAGGAAUUUACAGUCUGGACCUUUAAAACCGUGCCUCUGACGUCAGAGGCACUGCUUUUAAAAACAAAGUGCAGCUGAGACGCCGUUGCUAUGAUAUUUUUUCUUCCACUGAAAACUGAGAUUUUACCACAGAAAGGUGAAUUCCAAUUCUGUUGCAAUACUUUUUGUUAUUCUUAAGUCGAUAUUUUCUCGAGACAACAAGAACAAAAAGCUAUUGUAGCGUGCCUCAACUAUGGACGGAGCAGAGCACAUCUCAGUGGCUGCAGGGGCGGAUUACCUACAGUUGUAAGAAGAUCGCAGCCGAUGAACUGAUGACCCUCGGCGCGACCUUAGCUUUGAGAUGCACGUGUCCCUUUGUUCUGGACUUUUAUCUUAAACAUGUCAUACACACAGUUUGGUUAUUCAUACUCAGCAACUCCGCAGCUUCUAUUAUCAUCUAAUACUCUGGGCACCUGCUAUGAGUCUGGUAGCGGUCCUUCGUUAGAUUCCGGAUUGGUGGCCUCCCAGCAAAACUCACUUUAUUGCCCGGUGUAUGAGAGCAGGCUUGUGGCCUCUGCCAGGCAUGACCUGAGCUCUUCAUAUGGGAAUGCCUAUACGAAGAACCACGGUUAUGGGUCUUACAGUUCAUACGGAACGGAAGCAGCUUCUCUCUACUCUCUGAACGACCUUGGUGAGAAGGAUGGAAUAGGAACAAGGGUUACACAGGGGCCAACUUAUUACCCAUGUGAUUACCCAUUUGGACAACACCAGCAUGAACGAUAUGGGUAUGGGUCAAUUGAUGUUAGCACAAGACGGAAGAAUGCAACCAGAGAAACAACUAGCACUCUGAAAGCGUGGCUUCAGGAGCAUAAGAAGAACCCAUAUCCUACAAAGGGUGAAAAAAUCAUGCUGGCCAUCAUUACCAAAAUGACCCUCACCCAAGUGUCCACAUGGUUCGCUAAUGCACGCCGGCGACUCAAGAAAGAGAACAAAAUGACAUGGUCCCCGCGCAACAAACCCGCAGUUGGGAAAGGAUGCGACGAGGGCAGUGAAGACAUUGAGACAAUGGGACAGGGACAACCAGCUGAACCUGAGAAGGAAUUUAAUGACAACUCAAGAGUGGAUGAUGCAGAACUACCGCAAAGUGAUUUGGAGGAUUUUGAACCAACGGAGUCGGACGAAUGUGAGCCAAAAGUAUCGUUUGCUAUGAGCUCUCGUUCAAGGUCACAGGAUUGUGUAAAUAAUAAUUUCAAAGAUCCUCUGCUCCCCGCAACCAUUUCGGAGACGUCCACGAAGUACGUUUUUAGGGCCUGCUCAGGAUCAGAUGAAGACCCUUCUGCAAAAACUUUAUACCCACAAAACGAAGAACAGCCAGUCCAGACCAAACCCAAAAUUUGGUCGCUUGCACAGACUGCCAUAUCGUUAAACCACACUGACUACCCAUCAUGCAUGCAUAAAGGCCAGCUGAUGAGGUCAUCCUCUGCCGCUUGCCAGUUACACUCAGAUACAGCAGAACGGCAGCAGGACUGUCCAGUUGCCAGUCUUAGAAACUGGGUGGAUGGUGUGUUCUAUGAUCCCCUGUUCCAACAAAACAACUCCAACCAAACUUUCUCCAACUCUUCAGGUGUAUGGACGGACUCCAGCUGCCCAACGAUGAACAACAACUUCAGUGGACUUCCAGAGCCCGUUACCUCAUCCAAGAUAGCAUAAUCAACUGGAAUGUGGAAUGUUUUUAAUUAUAUUAAGUCAUCAUGGUAUUUAUGUCUGCCAAAUAGAUCAUAUGACAUAUUAUCAUUACAGUACAACACUGGAAAACCAACGGAAAGGUUUAUUAUGUGAAUCAGAGGUUAGCCUACAACUAGGCCUACUAGAAUACUUGGAUGUUGAAAUCUGAUGAAUCAUACAUUUGAAAUUUAAAGUACCACCACAAUGAACAUAGCUUUAGAAAAAGUGACAGGUUAUCACUUUUUUGAGUAUGCUGGCCAGUAAUCACUGCUGUAUAAUAGUACACUACACAGGUAUGCCUAUUUUUUCA